GAAUACACUUUUCCAAAUUCUGGAAAUCACACGUGUGUCUUCCUCGUGGUGAGUUCUUUGGAGCAUCUGCAUCUUUGCUCUCUCCAGGAUCGGCACGAGGAGGUGUCCAAUCUACUCGUGGAGAAGACAACAAUAAACUUCCUGGUGAACCGGAAGUCUCCUUACCCCCAGCCUCGAAUGGUUCCCGCAAGGGAUGUUCACAGCCCGUCCCGCCCUGUUCCGCACGCUGUCCCAUCUUGCCUGCUUGCCAGGGGUUGAGCCAGAGCUGCGCCUGGCUUCCCGCCCCCAGUGGUGUUGGAUGAGCUCGUGGCCCAGUGCACAGCACCAGUUUCCAAAGCCCAGUAGAUUUGGGAGUUUGGUUUGAGUCUCUCUGAUAAUCAACAAGCAAAUCCAGAGUGGAGGCCAGAAGUUGUUGUUCCCGCAGGACACAGGGGUGUGUGCAGAGAUUCAAAUUGUGGCAGGAACCUCUGAGCCAAUGUAAGCAAAAGCAGGGAACUUAUUUGAUGACCGUGGGGAUGCUCUACAAGCUCCAAGAGCAAGAAGAUAGCCAGUCUUAAGAAGUCCUGGAACCACGGAAUAGAAUGCCUUGAAGACUGUCUGCUCGUCUUUUGGUCUCUGAUCGCCUUCUCCCUCAGCAGACCAGCUCUCUCUGCUGCUGUGAGUACAAGAAGGGCAAAAGAUGGCUGCCUCAGAGUUCCCAAGUCGCUGGAGAACCUGUCUUCUUCCUCAGCCCCAUGCCAAAUUCCCAGGGAAGGAGCCCUGACUGACUUGCCAGGGUCAGGUGAUCAGCUCUGGCCCAAAGUGGUUGGAUCCUUUUGAACAAUCAUGGAGGCUGGUACCCACAGGGGUAAAUCUCGGAGACAGUUGAGAGCACCAUUGUUUUGGCAGUUAACCAUGGACCCCUCCCCGCCAAGGGGGUCUACUUUAGCCUCUCCCACUUUCCUGAGGCUGCUGUGUCCGCUGCAUAUCCCAAGACUCCCUGGCAGACCACAGAAUCGGCUGCCCCCUGCCGUGCCUGAUAUUAGGAGACACUAACUUCACUACCUGAGGCUAAAGUUCCCUCUGACAUUGCCCUGCUCAGGCCAGGGUCUAGGUGGGCAUCCAAGACCAGCCUGUGGCUUGUCCUUGAGAACAAGAAGCAGGGUUGGCAGUAAAGUUUGGAUUGUCUGAAGGUGGUCUGGUUCUCCGUGAACUCUAGGAACAGACCAUGGUGUUUGGCUAUCCCCACGGGGGUUGCUGACGGAGCUGCUCUGGAGCUGACCCAGCACAGAAAAUCAUCAGGUGACCUUGAGCCGCAAAACUGCUGUCCACGUGGACUGGGGCCGACAUUGCACGUGCAUCUGCCAGGACCCCUGCAUCCAGACUUCGAGACAUGGCAACCAACGGCAGCAAGGUGGCCGAUGGGCAGAUCUCCACGGAGGUCAGCGAGGUCCCCGUGGCCAAUGACAAGCCCAAAACCCUGGUGGUCAAGGUGCAGAAGAAGGCGGCAGACCUUCCAGACCGGGACACGUGGAAGGGCCGCUUCGACUUCCUCAUGUCCUGCGUGGGCUAUGCCAUCGGCCUAGGCAACGUCUGGCGGUUCCCCUAUCUCUGCGGAAAAAACGGCGGCGGGGCCUUCCUGAUCCCCUACUUCCUGACGCUCAUCUUUGCGGGGGUUCCACUCUUCCUGCUGGAGUGCUCCCUGGGCCAGUACACGUCCAUCGGGGGCCUGGGCGUGUGGAAGCUGGCCCCCAUGUUCAAGGGUGUGGGCCUUGCUGCUGCCGUGCUGUCAUUCUGGCUGAACAUCUACUACAUUGUCAUCAUCUCCUGGGCCAUCUACUACCUGUACAAUUCCUUUACCACGACACUGCCAUGGAAACAGUGUGACAACCCCUGGAACACAGACCGCUGCUUUUCCAACUACAGCAUUGUCAACACCACCAACAUGACCAGCGCCGUGGUGGAGUUCUGGGAGCGCAACAUGCAUCAGAUGACAGACGGGCUGGAUAAACCAGGUCAGAUCCGCUGGCCUCUGGCCGUCACCCUGGCCAUCGCCUGGAUCCUUGUGUAUUUCUGUAUCUGGAAGGGUGUUGGCUGGACUGGAAAGGUGGUCUACUUCUCAGCCACGUAUCCCUACAUCAUGCUGAUCAUCCUGUUCUUCCGCGGAGUGACGCUGCCCGGAGCCAAGGAGGGUAUCCUCUUCUACAUCACGCCCAACUUUCGCAAGCUGUCAGACUCCGAGGUGUGGCUGGAUGCAGCUACCCAGAUCUUCUUCUCCUAUGGGCUGGGCCUGGGAUCCCUGAUCGCACUGGGGAGCUACAACUCUUUCCACAACAAUGUCUACAGGGACUCCAUCAUCGUCUGCUGCAUCAAUUCGUGCACCAGCAUGUUCGCAGGAUUUGUUAUCUUCUCCAUCGUGGGCUUCAUGGCUCAUGUCACCAAGAGGUCCAUUGCUGAUGUGGCGGCCUCCGGCCCCGGGCUGGCGUUCCUGGCGUACCCAGAGGCGGUGACCCAGCUGCCCAUCUCUCCCCUCUGGGCCAUCCUCUUCUUCUCCAUGCUGCUCAUGCUGGGCAUUGACAGCCAGUUCUGCACAGUGGAGGGCUUCAUCACCGCCCUGGUGGACGAGUACCCCAGGCUGCUCCGCAACCGCAGGGAGCUCUUCAUCGCUGCCGUCUGCAUCGUCUCCUACCUGAUCGGCCUCUCUAACAUCACCCAGGGGGGCAUUUAUGUCUUCAAGCUCUUUGACUACUACUCCGCCAGUGGCAUGAGCCUGCUGUUCCUCGUGUUUUUUGAAUGUGUCUCCAUUUCCUGGUUUUACGGUGUCAACCGAUUCUAUGACAACAUCCAAGAGAUGGUAGGCUCCAGGCCCUGCAUCUGGUGGAAGCUCUGCUGGUCCUUCUUCACCCCUAUCAUUGUGGCGGGUGUGUUCAUUUUCAGUGCUGUGCAGAUGACCCCUCUCACCAUGGGAAGCUACGUUUUCCCCAAGUGGGGCCAGGGCGUGGGCUGGCUCAUGGCCCUGUCUUCCAUGGUCCUCAUCCCCGGGUACAUGGCCUACAUGUUCCUCACCUUAAAGGGCUCCCUAAAGCAGCGCAUCCAGGUUAUGAUCCAGCCCAGCGAAGACAUCGUCCGCCCUGAGAAUGGUCCGGAGCAGCCUCAGGCCAGCGGCUCUGCCAGCAAAGAGGCCUACAUCUAGGGGUGCGGGGCGGCUCGCCCACCCACACUCUCACCCCCACCCCCACUGCACACAACCACCACGGGAUGUCUGAAGAUAUCGUCUCUCUCAACCUACCUCGAGUGGCGAGUCCAGACACCAUCACCACACAAAGAGAGGGAGGUGGGGACAGUCACACCCCCGUGGGCCCCGCGUGGGCGAAGAUGCCCAAUGGCUCUGGCGCCUGUGGGCUGGUGAUCUUUUUAAUCUGGGCCCCCUGAGCAUCAAGCAGUCGGCCUGUGUGACCGCUGUGGUAGAUCAUAUUUAUCCCGCCAGCAAGAGUGUGACUGGUGAGGCCGCAUACUCCUGGCUUUUAGUUGUAUUCCUGACUGUUCUCUUACCGCUGAAACCCAUGACUGUUACCUAGGCCUUGGCGGGAGUCCGGCUCCGUCAGAACGCGGCUCUGUGCACAUGGAAAGGGCAUUUUGUACAAUGGGCAUUUCCAAGGAGAGCUCACUCUUAAGAGCAGGGCGCCAAUGGAGCUCUUUUAUUUUUUGGUUUUCUCCUUCCCGGGGCAGCUUGACAGCCCCCACCCUCUGUCGAUCUUCCCAGAGCUGCUUUCUCGAGCAAUGUGCAUAGUGUCCUGUUUGCCUGCGGCGCCUGGCCGAAUGGGCAUCUCUGCGCUGAGCUUUCCUGUCCCCCAACUCGUUGCCAGGCCAUUCCAAUUGCACCUGGCCCAACAGCAGUCCUGCCAGAUGGGCCCCACUCCUUAGAAAACUGCCACAAGCACAAUUGAUUUUUUUUUUUAAUCACCAUUCGAGGGGGCCUAAGAUCCUGCUGGGGAAAUUACCUAAUCAGGAGUUUUUCUUAGGCUGCCCGGCUUUACAGAGCACGGAACUCUUGCCCAGGAAGUUAAGGUGAGGCUCUGUCCUUGAGUCAAAGUGGAUCCAGUUAUCCUUCCACCCUCCCCCGCCCCCGCCUAAACUAUCUUCCUCACUGCAACCCCAGUCAAGGCUGCUGCCUCCUCCCCUUCUCUGAAAUUCCUCCGCGGGAAUCUCCUCACUGCCACUAAAAUCAUCCCACCCCAGUAACGGAGGAGCUAGUGUUAAUCCAGAGAUGCCGUCCCUGCCCCUCAGAGUGCUUCCAAUGUUAAAACUGCUUCAUCGGGAAGUAGAAUUUUUUCCUUUUGAGAACUGGGCUGCGUGGUGGUAGUGGCAAAUCACAGGAAGACAGUUUCUUGUAAGCUCCAGUAACUCAGCGCUUCUUAUUUGCCAGGAACAUGGGUUCCCAUGUAGCAAAUCAUCUGUUGUGCCCUGUACUCCUUAGCUAGUUAACUCACAAACUGUGUUUUACGACUAAUCCUUAAUAACUAUGGUAAAUAACUGUGACUGUGGGUUUUUUAAUCUGUCUUUCUCAUCCGAAAGUGACCAGCAUAUCAGUUAUUGCAAUAAGGUAUUACCCUCAGAAUAUUAAGCACAUUCUUGUAGAGAAAAAACUGAAAAGUCUGCGUACACAUAUAAGUGCACACAUAUGUACAUUCAUCCUCACACGUGGCACAUAGUGUCUCAUUUGAUAUCAUGUAGGAAACCUAAAACCGUUUCCUGAAGUCAUCUGUAAAAUAGUCUCAUUACUAAGGCAUCCCAAAUGCCAACUGGUGAAUCCAAGAUCAAAAUGCAUAUGUAUUGUUCAAUUAUAGGGUUUAGAACAAAAAGAACCCUUCACUGUGUCUCCUGGUCCCACCCCCAUCCUUUGUGUGAAUUCCUUUAGAUUAAGGGCAAGAAGACUUCUUUCUCUUUAUUCUUCAGUCUGAAACUAAGACCAAGUCUUUCUCAGACAAAUGCAGCAUAUUUAAUGUUUGUAAGCAAAUCUAAGUGAGAUGUUUGGCAAGAAAUCCCUUAACAGAUUUCCAUCCAAACCUACUUAUAUAGCACAAUAUUACAUGUCGUACAAUUACUGUGAGAACUGUGAAUAUCUGUAACUUUUUUAGUAUUUGCCCUGGGGAGGGAAAGAUAUUGUAUUAUCAUAUAUGCUUUUUUUUUGCAAUAAGGAUUUAUUCUCAGAACACCAAGUAAAUCUAUCUCUAUAUUAAAAAAAUAUAUGUAAUAUAUACAUAUUCAAACUAUAUACAGAGCCUGUUUUAAAAAAAUUACAGUAUUAUUUAGUAAAAUUAUCUGUUCUAUGGACCAAAUGUAAAAUAUUUAUAAAUGAAGAUGCAUUUUAAAUGUCUAUAAAUGGUGUCAUAAUUAGAGCACAGGCAUUAUGUACGUUUCUAAGAACAUAGAGGGAAAAUAAUAAAGGUUCUAUGAUA